AUGCUGGGUUUCGACAACGACGAUGAUCAGUCAGAGGGAGGGUUCUUUAUCGAUGACGCCUCUGUCCAUGGGCCCAUGGAUGAUAGUGAUGCGCAACAAGGUGAGGAUGCUCAGGCGUUGCCAAAGAAUUUCCGCUUGUUCGCUGUUGAUGUUGGGCGAGUUUUUAGCUACUUUGUCACUAACGAUUUGUCCCCUUCUACUGCUGAAUUAGGGCCUGUUUUGGCUCGUCCCACCCCUCAAAAAGUCCCGACGGUGGUGACCCCAUCGGUCUGUCGCCCAACAGCAUUGCGCCCUUCUACCAGUCAAGCCAUGCUACAGAAAAUCGCUCAAGAUUUCGAAGAGAAUCCGCCACCUCUCGCGUCCAUCGAGCUCGUCAAUGUCCCUCCAGAUCUGGGGGUCAAGACGGCGUCUACCAGGACGUUGGAAUCAGAAGUAUCCGGAUCAUCCUCCAAACAAAGUUGCGAAAGUAUCUGCAUUGCGGCUGCCACUCCCAACGGGCUCGCGGCUAUGCCAACCGUGGCAGCUCCCGCUCCAAGUUUUGCCUCGAAUGCCCCACGAAGGACCAUGUCCGAAUCCAAUAUGAUGUAUCGUCCGCCCCAGCAGGUACCCGAAGCGGCGCAGCAAUCCUUCAUGGACGCUCAAAAACAAAUCAAAGAGCUAGAAGAUCAAAUCAAGAACUUGCAAAAACAAAUGGCCAUGAUGCCGCCGCCAGCACCUACAACCAUUGGUGGCUUGCAAAAACCAGUGGCGGUUCGACCCGUGGCGCUUCGGGCUUCCCAGAGCCAUGGAAUGCUGAACCAACUCGCGCAAGGUUUCAAUCAGAAUCCCCAAGCAAUGCCUCAAUUUGUCGCGCCACAACCUCAGUUUGCCGCUCCUCAGCCUCAGUUCGCGGCCCCGCAGCCUCAGUUCGCAGCACCUCAGCUUGCUGCACCACAGCCCAUCAAGGUCGCGCCCAAGGCUCGCCCAAAACCUCGAAGACAAAACAGCAGUCGGUCCGCACGCAAAAAGGCCUCGUGGUAUCAUCGAGUUGCGGCUCAAAAUAGAUUGGGUUCCAUCCAAGAGGAUCCCCUCUUGUUGUCCAACAUGGCAGAAGAGGACGAAGCAGGAGGUCGACUGUCUCCUCAUGGCAGUAUUCACAACGGUGACGUCGAUCUAUACGAAGAAAGCUGUCUGCAAACGGCCAAAAAGGAUCUAUUGCGAGAGCUCAACCGAACGGCCAAGGACAAGGACAGUACGACGUACAACACUCCUGCAUUCCAGGCCGCACUGCAGACAUUGAUUCGCGAAUAUGAUUCGUCCCUGUUUGAUCCCCGAGCACCUGUCCUCAGUUACCAUCCGUACCAAUUGAAGAUGGAAGGGAUUGGCAUUUCGGCCGGCAAGCCAAGUUUCCCAGGAUGCAUUGGCGUCAAUGAACAGGGGGAUCCCAUGUACAAGUUGGGUACCAUGUCCUUUGAGAUGUUUCGUCCUACCGAGCUCGUUGUUUCGGUUCAGGGAACGUUUUGUUUGGUUGACAACGUGGACCGCAACAACCUGAAGGAACUCGAGAAUGUACCCAAGAAUCUCGUGGCUGAUGUCAGGCAUGGAAUCAAUCCAGUGCGAACCUACAAUAUUGUCACUCCCUUCACGAUUGAAGCUUGGCGUCCCGAAUUCGGCGACGACUCGCCCAACAAGGGUGUGGAACAGCCCAUCCAUGGUGUCAUGACUACCUACGGCUACUUGUUGCCCUACCCGACCCAGAAUCGUUUCUCGGUUUGGUUCACCGGUGGCAGUCUGGAAGUGGACAACACCAAGAACGAAAAGUGGUUCCAGAUUUUCGACAAGACGUCGGCACCCAAGCGCACAGCGUUCGAGUCAAGCAAGGUGUUUGCUGCCAAGCUCUUGAUGGGUGCCUGUGUCAACGAUGAAAUGGACAAGGAUGGAAAACUCUCCUACACUCUAAGCAGGCCCGUGGCCAGCCAUAUCGAUUUGGUCUAUAUGGACGAGUCCCUUCAAGUACUGCGUGGAAGUAGUGGAACGGUCUACGUCCACGUUCGACUUGCCGGAGGCAGCGAAGCCGUUCAGCAAUCGGCGUUCAGCAAUGAGUUGCUGCCUUCGCCUGUCGUCCCAUUGCAUCAAGAGGACGACAACCACAUGGAUUACUCGUAUUCGUCUGCUUAUGGAGGUGGUCCUGCGAUGUCGAUUGGUGGUCCCUUUGCUCCCACCGCUACACAUGGUCAGUACAUGCCUCAUCCGAAAAUGAAGCACGAUGCAAAUCUGAAUGAGGACGAAAUGGUCCGCGAAGAGAAAAUCCUGGUGAGAGCUAUUGAUAGGAGCCAACACCCCACAACUUCCCAAAAAAAAAUGGGAAACACGCAACCGCUCGAAGGCUGCGGUGAUAUGCAUCGGGAGGAGGGGACGCUGCCUUUUCCGGAGCAGGAUUGGCCUUGGAUUUGGGCGAUUGAUAAUCCGGAAUUCUUGGACUGGAAAGCUGAGCUGGGAGAUGACGACGCCGCCAUCCUAGCGAGAGCACAAGCGCAAGCCGCCUUGCCCGUGUUGAUUUCUUCUUCCAACAAUGCCGAUGCCGGUCUCGCCUCAAGCCGUCAUUGCUCCGUGUAUCUAUCCGACGCUCGGCACGCUCACGAUGUAGACCUGUUGAAAAGGAUUGGCAUCACUCACGUUCUGAAUGUCGCGGGGAAAGUUGGAGAGGGUGACAUGGAUGCUUAUCGAAAAGCCAAUAUCAAAACAAAAACCGUUGAUGCGGAGGAUGAAGAGGGGUACCCGAUGUUGGAGAAACAUUUUGACGAAUUCCAGCAGUUUCUGCGGUCUUCUCCCAGAGGCAGCAGAAUAGUAGUGCAUUGUGUGGCGGGGUUGAACAGAAGUGGCUUGCUGGUGGCGGCCCACAAACUCCUCGCGGAGCAGCAAGAUGUCUUUGAAGUUGUGGCCCAUGUACGAAGGCAAAGAGGAAAUUUGGCCUUCUGUAAUCGGUCUUUUGUUGCUCAGUUGGUGGCCUUGGCGCGUGCACAUGACUUGUUGGGACCGGAACCAGGACAAUCGGGUUGCCGCGUUUCCGAACAGGCGCCGCCGUACCAGGCCCAGUUCUCCCCUUCACCCAAGAAAGAUUUCAAGAGUUUAUUUUAG